AUGCCCGGAGCUACGGAGGACAAUACGGAUGCAACGUAUCCCGGACGCCUCUUUCAAACUCCCUAUGGCAUGGGAUGGAGAGCGAUACUGCCGAUGUACAACACAGAAAAGGUUCCUAGUAAAGAGAAAUGGGCAGCUGAUGAAAUCGCGAUUCCCUCUAGUCACGCUCAGUUGUUAGGGGAUGAAUACUUAACACGAUUCGAGAGGUCAAUGUCGGAAAAGAUGAAGAGCUUGAAAGGUCGAUACAAUAGCCAAAUUCGUGACAUUCUUUUCGGGAAGUGA